AUGCGAGAAACCUUCAAGCAAUGUGCCCAAAGGAACUUGUUGUCAGACGACUGUCAAAAGCCCGCUUUCAAUCAGCAGCCCCUCGUUCCUUCCGGAUCCACAUCAACUGGCAAGCACUCUUCAAGCCAUGUGGGGUUCUAUGGCCAUGAUUCAUGCAAGCGAAGGCGAACGCAAAGACUGUGCACAUAUGCUUAUAUUAGAGCCCCAUACUGCCUGCGGAAACGCUCCGAGAACUCACUUGCCGACUUCUACCCGAAGACGCCACCCAACAGCCCACGUAUGGCAGUCUCAGAAGCUGUCCCGGCUGAGCACGUAUCAGAUUUCGAGAGCUGA